AUGGCCCCGGCCAAGCUCAACGUGCUCGUCUAUACAGGCCUCGGCACUACUGUCGAGUCUGUCAAGCAUUGCAUAUGGACUCUUCGCCGUCUGCUCGGACCCAAUUAUGCCGUUAUUCCUAUCACUGAGACUAUUUUACUCAAGGAACCAUGGGCGUCAACAUGCGCCAUGCUCGUGUUCCCGGGUGGUGGUGACUUGGGCUACUGCCAGGCGCUGAAUGGCGAGGGAAAUCGCCGCAUCAGCGACUUUGUCCGGAAGGGCGGCGCAUACCUGGGCUUUUGCGCCGGAGGCUACUACGGAAGCCGAAGAUGCGAAUUUGAAGUUGGAAACAAGCCUCUCGAGGUCAUCGGCAGUAGGGAACUUGGCUUCUUCCCUGGAACUUGUCGCGGAGGAGCCUUCAAGGGUUUCGAGUAUCGAAGCGAGAGCGGAGCUAAGGUCGUGCAACUCAAGGUAUUCAAGGAAGCCUUUGAGCAGGAAGUCGAAUCCGAGAUCGUCUCGUACUACAACGGUGGUGGCAUUUUUGUUGAUGCUGCUUCCAUCAAGGAGAGAAAGGUCGAGGUUCUGGCUUCCUAUGAAGAGGAGACAGAUGUUGAUGGCGGGGAUGGCAAGGCAGCAGUUGUUCUCUGCACCGUCGGCAGUGGAAAGGCAUUGCUCACUGGUCCUCACCCUGAGUUCGCUGCCAUCAACUUGCACCCCCAUCCGACCAUCCCCGGCUAUGACGAGCUGAUCAGCAGGCUAGCCGACGCUGACAAGCCUCGAGCUGAAUUUCUCAAGGCAUGUCUGACCAAGUUGGGUCUCGAGGUCAGCCAGCAUGACUCUGGUAUCCCGUCUCUUUCACACCUCCACAUCUCAUCCAUCGACGACACUGGAGUAUCGGAGCUGCUGGCCGACUGGGCCGACAUCAUCGACAAGGAAGACGGCGAAGAAUGGAUCCGGGCAGAGACGGACACGUUCCACAUUCAAAACGAGGAUACCAUCUGGAGUGUCGAGGGUCUACAGCAGUCCCUAUCAGAGACCAAUGGCUCCAGCAUGUCUGAAAAUGGCAUCAUCGACUACACAAAGGUCAUCAAGAAGAUCUUUCCUCACGAGAAGGGUCACCCGCAUCCAAAGCUUACUCCUCAAUUCAAUCAUGGCCUGUACUUUUCAGGGUUGAAGCGUUACCGACAGAUUGAGCCCACAGCUCAGGAUUGGGGUAACUUGCUCAUGUAUGGCGAGGUCCUGACCAGCACAAACACCAUCCUCGAGAAAAACCCCAAGCUCAUGUCAAAACUCCCGACUGGCUUCACAGUUGCAGCCACCACUCAGGUUGCCGGCCGAGGUCGUGGAAACAAUGUCUGGAUUGCACCCCCUGGAAUGCUCAUCUACUCCGUCGUCAUCAAUCAUCCCGCUCACCUCGCCGUAUCUCGCCCGGUGGUGUUUAUCCAGUACAUUGCCGCCGUGGCUAUGGUUGAAGCCGUCCAGUCGUACAACCGCGGCUAUGAGAACAUUCCCAUCAAGCUCAAGUGGCCCAACGACCUUUACGCCCUCGAUCCCACAAAGUCGGCAGACAAGCCUCACUACGUCAAAGUCGGCGGCAUCCUGUCGCAGUGCCUCUACUUCGACGGCGCCUACCAAAUCAUCCUUGGCAUCGGUCUCAACACCACAAACCCUCGUCCGACAAUCUCUAUAUCCGACCUCGUCCCGCCCGGCGCCCCUGAGCUGCAUCUCGAGACCCUCCUUGCCCGCGUACUAACCCGCCUCGAGGCCAUCUACGCCCAGUUCCUCCGUGAAGGUUUCUCACGCGACCUCGAGGCCCGUUACUACCGUCACUGGCUACACACUGGUCAAGCCGUCACGCUUGAAGCUGAAGGUGGCGUAAAGGCUCGCGUUUUGGGCAUCACACGUGACUGGGGAAUGUUGAGGGCUGAGGAAACGGACGCAAGCGGGAGGGCAACGGGCAAAAUCUGGACCCUACAGAGCGACGAGAAUAGCUUUGACUACUGGAAGGGUCUGGUCAGAAGGAAGACAUAG